UAAUAUUAAUUAGAUAAAUUAAGGUAAGGAAUUAAAAAACUACAGUGUAACUAAACCACGCUUUCGAUUGAACAAACAUCAGGAUAAAAGUCUGACUGAACAAAGGGAGAAAGCAAUCCAUUCUUCGUCUUAAAUUAUGGUUAUUCCUUUCAUGAAUUAGAGACAAAGUAGCAAAAUAUAUCCAUACAAAAGAUAAAAUCGACUACUGGCUCUAUUCCCUGAAUUUCGUAUUGCAAUAUCAAGUUUUUAGCCGAAAGAUAUUCGAAAACUCUGUAUUCUUUUCUAUUUUUUAGUAUAUCUAACAAAAACGAUAGGGACUUAUUUUCCUGAAGCCAUGGAACAGAAAAUUCUAAGUGAUUAUUUGCUUUCUCAAGGAACCUUCCCGUCAAUUAUCCAUCUUCAAGAAUGGAAAGAGCUUUUUCCGCGCCGAUUUCGCGAUGAACCCUUGCUUAUUGAGCUAUAUGAUCAAUGUACCAAACAGCAGCAAAAGCGACUACAAAAAAUAAGAGUCAACAUUGAAAUUGAGAGCCAAGUACUUGGUAAAAAUGAGAGAGAUCAAAUGCUGCUUGCAAAUAUUAGAAGAUUUUUUGAAACAGCUGCUUCUCAAGCUUCUGAGCAAGAUGAUUUUUAUACAAUGUAUGCCGCUAAACCACUUGAUAUUACGGCCAUCAACCAACGUUUAGAGGGUGCAUUGAAUAGUGUCAAAGCAGAAAUUAGUGUAGAACGCGAAAAAUUGCACACGUCUUCCUCUCUAUUAGACGCAGAAAUCGAUUCACUUAAUGAUUUAAAAUGGUCGAAAGAUCCUAAUUUAGAAGAACCUAUGACUCUCCUUGAUGAUCUGAUUGAACAAUUAGGAAACCACUGUAAUGGAACAUCUUCUGCCAACAAUAUUGAUGAAUUAGACUGA